GUUUGCCGGGCCACGGCGGAUCGGUCGUCGCUGUCGCAUACACGGAAUAUGCGGCGGCCUCUAGCCGUAGAUAUCAUGAUAUUUCUUAGGUAACUACUGCGGUCCAUAAGGAAAAUCGUUAUCACAAAUUGCUAGAAUGAAAUUUCUAGUUUUACACUCGUUAGGAUAUUGGAUAGAGCAUACAGUAAUAUUUUACUUUAUAUAAAUAUUAUGUUUUAUCAUUUUUAUUAUAAAAAUCUAAAGUUACUUUUUCAAGAUACAAUGCUUAUCGAGGUUAAGUACCGCAAUACUAAAACUGCUAACCGGCUUAUUAUUUAAAAACGUAUACUUUCUAGUUAAUAUAUGUAUUUCAUAAAUGCAAUUCCAUACAAUUGUCAGUACGAUACAUUACACUACAAAUGAGUUUUUUGGCAACGCGCAAUGUACUUCAAACAGUAUUUAAACCGAAGUUCACAGUCGCUAUGCAUGUCAAAGUUACAAUUCCUUUAAGGUUAUUAAAAUGUCAUUGCAUCAAAACGGUUCAUUGCAAUUUCUCUCAAUUGGUAAAGUCUGUUCUAUUUUUGGAAAGAAAUCAUAUUGUUGUUUACUUCACCUUGAAACGACAUCUGAAUACUAGUCAAUUUAAUUUUGCAAGAAAAAAUUAUUAUGAAGUGCUCGGUGUUCCCAAAACUGCUAACCAAAAGGAAAUAAAAAAUGCUUACUACGGCUUAGCUAUGAAACACCAUCCAGAUAAAAAUGGAGGGACCACAACUCAAAAGUUUAGGGACAUUAAAGAGGCCUAUGAUAUUCUUAGUAAUGAAUCUAGUCGAAUGACUUAUGAUAACGAUUUCAGCAAUAAUAACUCAAGUACCUCAAGCCACUGGACAUCAAACUCAUCAAAAGGACGUUAUCAGUCAUCAUAUCAUGACUUUACCAAAAGAAAGUCAAACUUUUAUAGUAACCCUUAUACUAAUUCUAACUAUGAACAGCUGAGGCCCCAUAAUAUUUACAUAAAUAUUGUUACAGUGCCUAAGAAUGUUGUCAAAGCUCAAGUAGACUUAAUGCUGUUUACUUUUAUCAAAAACCGUGUGCUCAAAAUUAUUAUGUAUCACGCGUUUCAGUUAUUGUGGACAACAGUAUUGAAAAACAUAACCUUUAACAUGUUAAUCAAAAGUCAAAUUGACGACAAUAUAUUAUUUAGUUUCCUAGGAAAUGUAUUAGGCCAUGAGAGGAUGUGCGUUUCUCUAACUGAACUAGAAGCAAUUCGUGGUAAAACUAUUAGAGUUCAGGUACAUAAAGACGAACAAGUUUUAAUUGUAGAAGUUCCAGGAGGAGUAGAAAAAAAUCAGUCAUUCAUCUUAUUUUACCUACAUGAAAAAAACUGAUGGUUUUAAUUUUUUUAAAUGUUAAUUAUUUAUAAUAUUAUUAUGAUAUAAUAAAACCAACUGUUAUUGUUAUAAAUAAUUGGUAUUACAUUUAAGAAAU